AUGCCCAGGCAGAGCGCGAUGCUGGCCGGACACAGCCGCAGGGUGCAGCAGUGUCUGCUGGUCUUGGCCGUGAUCUGGGGCGCCAGCUUCUUCUCUCCACCAGCCCAGGCUCUGCAGAGGAUCGCGCUGCGAAGGAUGCCCUCCAUCCGCCAGACGCUGCAGGAGAUGGGGAUGAAGGGGGCUGACGUCUUCCCCACCCAGUAUUUCGGCGAGAUCAGCAUCGGCACCCCCGCGCAGACCUUCAAGGUGGUCUUUGACACAGGCUCGGCCAACCUGUGGGUGCCGUCCUACAAGUGCUCCCCCCUCUACAGCGCCUGCGUUUCCCACAGCCGCUAUGACUCUGCCAAGUCACGGACGUACAUCGCCAAUGGCACGGACUUCGCUAUCCACUAUGGGACGGGCAGCCUCAAAGGCGUCCUCAGCCAGGACAUCGUCAUGGUAUCAGACAUCCCCAUCAUCCAGGUCUUUGCGGAGGCGACGGCGCUGCCCGCCUUCCCCUUCAUCUUCGCCAGGUUUGAUGGGGUGCUGGGGAUGGGCUACCCCAGCCAGGCCAUCGACGGCAUCACCCCCGUCUUCGACCACAUCCUCUCCCAGCAGAUCCUCAAGGAGGAUGUGUUUUCCGUCUACUACAGCCGCGCCUCGAAGAACUCCCCUCUGAAACCAGGGGGGGAAAUAAUCCUCGGAGGCAGCGACCCAGCCUACUACACCGGAGAUUUCCACUACUUGAACAUCAGCAAGAGCGGCUACUGGCAGAUCAGCAUGAAGGGAGUGUCCGUAGGGGCUGAGAUCCUGUUCUGCAAGGAAGGCUGCUCGGUGGCCAUUGACACAGGAGCAUCCUUCAUCACUGGCCCAGCCGGCCCCAUCUCUGUGCUGAUGAAAGCCAUCGGGGCCACAGAAACGGCCGAGGGAGAGUACCUGGUGGACUGUGACCAGGUCCCUCAGCUGCCCAACAUCUCCUUCCACCUGGGUGGGAAGGUUUACACACUCAGCGGCUCUGCCUACAUCCUCCGGCAAUCCCAGUACGGGGAGGACGUCUGCGUGGUGGCGUUCUCAGGGCUGGACAUCCCACCCCCGGCUGGACCCAUCUGGAUCCUGGGCGCCAGCUUCAUCGGGCACUACUACACCAAAUUCGACCGGCGCAACAACCGCAUCGGCUUUGCCACGGCCCGCUGA